AUGUUUAUCGUUACGAAAGAAAUUGACAGCGAAAAUAUUGGUAAAUUAUGUCGUACGUGUCUAAGAGAGGAUGGCGAUAAAAUGGUUUGUUUAUUCGUGGGUCCGGCCGAGUCGUCCCUUGCUGCUAAAUUACGAUCUCUCUCCUGUCUCGAAGUAAUACAAAUUUUCAAACUCGUUUGGCAAGGCGAUGGUCUUCCAGAGAAAAUGUGUGACCGUUGUGUAACCAGAGCGGAAUCAGCUCUAUUGUACAGAGAACAAUGUCGUGCAGCUGACAGAGCAUUAAGACAAGCUGUUUUAAAGGUUUCAGGUUUAACAUCGUAUGCUGCAGGUUACAAAUUAUAUCAACAAAACCAAGGUUUUGUGCCUAUACAAAACUCCCAUAAGACAUUGAAGUGCAUAGAAUGUGGAGCAGUAUUUACAAAUUACCAGGAUCUCUGUACCCACAGCAGGUCACAUUUGCCUUUUGUCCAAGAUGAUAUACCAAUGCAACAUAUGCACAUAGUGGAAUCGCAGAAUCCGUAUUUCAACUUUAACUUUGGUCACUUGAGCACUAAUUUAACUAACGAGAGCAUUCAACAUGCGCAGUUAUCUCCAUUAAUUAGAUCGAACGUGAUGCAAAUGAUUCCAACGAACGGAGAAAAUCCUAGUCGAGCUGCUUGCGCGCUACACUGUUCUCUGUGCAAUCGCACGUUCACCAAUCGGCACCAAUUAAUAAGUCAUAGUAUUACUCACACUUCGGAAAGCAUCGAAAUGCCUUGCGAUAACGAGAAUAUAGAUAUCUGUGAGAAUUCGAAUCAAAUUCCACAAAACCUAAGUUACGAGAGAUCGAUUAAUUCCGUUGGGAAUUCUAUUCAGAAUUUGUCUUAUCACAGGUCAACGACAAACGAUAAUAACGAGAUGCAAACCUUGGGAUUUCCAGAAAAUAUGGAUCUAGGAGAUGAAGUUCGAGAAUGUGGCUCUCGAAUAAGAAAUACAACGAUACCUGAUUCGAACUCGUACAACAUAGAUAAUUGUCGUGCUGCAAAAUUUGCGAAAAGUUUCGAACGUACGGACAACAGAGAAAGUAUCGAUAGAUAUCAGUCAUACCCUUCGAAUCUUAAUUAUAGCAAGCAGCAAAUCGAAAACGAACAUUCUGUAACAGUACAACAGGUACAGGUGAAAAAGUACAAAUGUGAUGUAUGCUGCAAGUCAUUUUCUCAAAAAUCGAAAUUGUUGACACAUCGAUUCUCUCACUCUGGCCAGCAGCCUUUCAAGUGCCUCAGUUGCGAGAAGGGUUACUCGUCGAAGAGCAAACUAAAUGCUCAUAUGCGUCUACACACGAAAACUAAUGUACAUCCAUGUAAGAUGUGCGAUAAAAUAUUUGCAUAUCCAUCUUAUCUACGGGAACACUUGAAAACACAUAAACGAAGCAGUAACAACAACGCGAAGAUCGAAGAGAAUAAAACUUUCGAAUGCGUUAACUGCAAGAAGAAAUUCCGUUUAUUAAAAAACCUGAAAGCUCACGAACGACUUCACACUGGCAAAGGUCUAGUACGAUGCGAAAUAUGCGACAAGACAUUUAGCCGAAAUUACAAUCUGAAGAUCCAUUUACGAACGCACAAAGCAACAAGGCCACACAAGUGCGAGUAUUGCAACAAAUGUUUCGCACAGAAAGGCAAUCUCGCGGAACAUAUGAGAAUUCACACGAAAGUAAAACCUUUCGAAUGCAAAGUAUGUGGAAAGCGGUUCUCGCAAUCGAGCCAUUUGAAAAAUCAUGAAGUGUCCCAUACCACCGUUAGACAACAUCAAUGUCGAUUGUGCGGGAAGCGAUUUAAACUCGCGAAUCAUUUGAAGAGACAUCUGAUUUUGCACAAUGGUACGAAAUCGUACAAAUGCCAUCAAUGUAAUCAGUUGUUCUCUCAAGCGUUUAGCCUCACCAGGCAUUUAAAAAGACACGAUUCGCAUACUUAA